UCUUCUACAGCAAUCAAUCGAAUCGAAAUCGAAAUCUAAAUCUCAAGAUGCGUCUUACUUUGGUGGCCCUCAUUGCCGUCCUCUGCCUGGCCUAUGCCCACGCUGCGGACGAUGCCCAGCCGGACAACGAGCAGGUGAUCGGACUUUUGGAUGUCGCCGACCAGGGAGCAAGCCAUGCCAACGAUGGAGCCCGAGAGGCCAGGCAUUGGGGUGGCGGAUACGGCGGAUAUGGCGGAUAUGGAGGAUGGGGACAUGGUGGCGGAUGGGGACGUGGAUAUGGUGGCGGCUGGAACCGUGGAUGGGGCGGCCGUGGCUGGGGACAUGGUGGCUAUGGACGUGGUGGCUAUGGAUGGGGCCGAUAAGCUGCCACUGGACAUCCCGCCGAGCUGUCACCGUCUGACCACGCCUCCGAUAUGGUGUGUGACCAGGCCAAGCGGACUCCCACGGAUGUCAAUUUGUUAAUA